GCAGCGGACGUUUAAUGCGCAUCGAGUUCGCGUCCUCCAAUGCAGUUUUAGCAUAGGCCAACUGUGAUCCGAAGUCUGUAUAGUUACAAUCUUAACACGAAAAGGGAAAAAAACCACUUCGAAACACAAGUUUCAAGUUUUAGUCUUUGCACGUGCAAACUGCAGCUGGUCGUUAACGAAACUUGCAGUACAUAACGCAGACUGUUCACGUUUGGCGUUGUUCUGAAAAACCAAGUACAAUGUUCAUGAGAAACAUCAAUGUCGGACUCCUGGUCGUAUGCAUUAUGCUCGGAGCUACUGUAACAACCGCAGCAAUGGUCUGCUACUUUGGCCAGGCACCAGACCCGGAAUCAAACGACGCUCUCCGCUGGAUGAUCCCAAUUGAGGAUCCCUGCCGAUGUACGGAAGUCAAGCUCGGAGGAGUGAACACUCGCACAUCUCGCCUCCCCUUCAAAGUGAAAUAUUACGACACCUUUCUGCGAAGCCGCAAUUCGGAUGAGAUUCAAGCCUGGCUGAAUUGUAAUGCAAGUUCUCCCAGGCCCGUGUUUUCAGACUGUCCUGCUGACGAUAUCAACGUUGCCGACCCAUCCGUUACCUACACCACUCCGACUGCCAAGGACGCAGACACCGGUGUACCACUCACCGUGUCUUGCAGUCCGAGUCCAGCGAUGAAUGUCACUCAGAACCACACGAUGGUCACUUGCCGGGCAAGCGAUGCUGCUGGAAAUGUGGCCACGCAAGAGUGUACUUUCAAUGUAAAACUAGCUUGCCGUGACCCGCUAGGGAUGGAGAGCGGUGCCAUACCAGAUAGCAGUCUGUCGGUAUCAGAUGUUGGUCACGCUGGCUUUUCCGCCCGAAGAUCUCGGCUCAAUGUCAAUGGUAACUUAUAA